AUGGGCCGAGCGAGCGGCGACAGCGGCGCAGUGAGGGGGACUCCAGCAAUGUGUUCUCAGAAGAUCUCUCACGAAGCCGUAGCGUACAUUACCUCCGAGAAUGGUGGUAAUAUGACGCGUCGUAGUGUUACCAUCACGAAUGGCUCAGCAGCUACCUAUCACGUUAAGUUGAACUCCGCGUCGUUGAGCCAGAGACCAGUCGAGGGUUUCGGUGGGGCCUUUACAGCAGCAUCGGGUGUCAAUUAUAAGAAGUUAAGUGACGAGGAUAAACGCAAAUUUAUCGAGUUAUACUUCAGUCAGAAUGGGCUACGCUACACUAUGGGAAGGAUACCCAUCAACUCAUGUGAUUUUAGUCCGUACACUUACAACUUCGACAACGUAUCUGAUGACUUCGCUUUGGAACAUUUCGAUGAGUCCCUCAAAGGAGACGAAGAUACCGGGAUGAUCCAGCUCAUGCACGAUGCCUUGGCAGAGACGGGAUUAAAACUAUUUGGAAGCCCAUGGUCCCCACCAUAUUGGAUGAAGGCUGGCAAUCACAAAAUGAUAGGCAGCCCUCUGUCCUGCCUCAAGAAGGACAAAAAAUACAAACAAGUCUGGGCUGACUACUUCGUUAGAUGGAUCCAGGCCUACGAGAAGAAGAAUAUUCCUAUCUGGGGCGUCACCCAGCAAAAUGAGCCUCAAUUCUAUUUCAACUUUUGGUGGGAGGCCUGUUCAUUCAGUGCCGCGGAACAGAGAGAUUUCAUAAGAGACUACCUAGGGCCGACCCUGAACAGAACCUUUGGUGGCAGGAUCAAGCUCAUGUACAUGGACUUCGUCAAAGAGUUCCUCAUGGAUGUCUCUGACGUCGUUCUACGUGAUACCAAGGCUGCACAGUACAUCUAUGGUGCUGGAGUGCAUUGGUAUGGUUUCGACCAAGUUUAUGAACUAGAAAGGUUUAAGGCGAAUUAUGGCAGCAGAUACGCACUCCUAGGGACGGAAGCAAGCACUUGCAAUUGGGAUACGUAUUUCUUCAAUACGCCGUGGAAGCGAGCUGCUCGCUAUGUGCACGGUGUGAUUGUUGACUUUAUACAUGGUGGAGCAACUGGAUGGGUCGACUGGAAUCUCCUCCUCGACCAAGAAGCAGAACAUGAUAACCGUGGUGGUCCGAACCAUGCUGGCAACAACUGUUUCGCACACAUUCAUAUCGAUGAUGCAAAUCAGCUUGUGAUCCAUCCUUCUUACUAUGCCUUUGGGCACAUUACCAAGUUCGUCGCUCCCGGUGCUAGAAUGGUCACCUCCUUGACAGUUUCGGAGUCCAAGCUAAGUUCGAUAUUCACUAUUGACACGCUGGAGGCCGUGGCAUUCGUGAACGAGGCCAAAACGGAGUUGGAAGUCAUCGUUCUCACUAGCGAGGAAGAGGACAUCCCGGAUCUGAUCAUCGAGGUGCAGCUGCCCAACGGGAAGUACCAAACCGUCCACGUCGGCAAAGUCCCUGCCUUCAGCGUCACCACUGUGUUACUCCCCGUAACUUUCUAGGCUUGAGAAUUUUCUGAGAGGUUAUCUACCGGUUCCCUUCCGUUGCUUUCGCUACACCGCUCUUUCGAGUUUUUUUAACGGAAUAUCUCUUCGAAGGUCAGCUUCAUUCUAACAACUCAUC